CGGGGUUUGAACGGGCGCGCGGCGGGCCCCGCCCUCUGGCGGGCGGCGGAGCAGCAGCGCAGCCCCUGCAUCACACAGAAGCCCCUGAGGAGAAGCCCCCGGGAUGGCCGGGAAGGAGCAAGGGAAGGAUGGAGAGGAUGGAAGCACGGACGGCUGGGCCGGCAUCGAGGAGCGCCUGGAGAGGAUCCGGGAAAGCCUCCGGAACCCCUCUGCCCCCCACUCCCGCCGCGUCCAGGCGUGCGACCGCGCCCUGCGCGCCUGCGUGGCCGAGCUGGCCCGGCCGGGCGGGCUGGUAGCCCACGGCGCCCAGCUGCUAGCCCUGGCCCAGGAGGCCACCCAGCUGUACCUGAGCCUGGUCCCCGAGCCCCCCCACCUGUACCUGGAGAAGAUCCUGUUCCACGUGCUGCGCAACGCCGCGGGAUGGGUGGGACCCCACGCCUGGAGCGUGGCCGAGCUGCUGCGGGCGCGGCUGCGGCGCGGCCGCCGCCACGGCGACUGGGCCACCGUGGCCUCCAGCGCUUUCGGGGUCCUGUGGCGAGCCGCGGCCGCUCUGGCCGGGCCGGAGCGGCCGCGGGAGGAGGGCAGGGCGGUGCUGACCGCCAGGAUCCGCGCCCUGCGCUUCCUGCUGCUGCUGGAGUCGCGGGACGGGGAGCGCCCGCCUCGCGAGCCCUUCCAGCCGCCCUUCCUCACCUCGCAGACCGCCCAGAACGCCGCGGCCGCCGCCGCUCUCUACCAGGCUCAGAGGGCCCCGUGCCCGCUCUUCCUGGCCAGGCAGCUCCGGGAAUUCCUGCUGGACGCUCUGCGGGACGAGGCCCCGCGGCCUCCGGGCCUCCAGCACUCCCUGUGUUUCCUGGAGCUCACCCUGGAGCGCUGCCGCCACCUCUGCAAAGCCCGGCGGCACCGCGACGCUCUGGACGCCCUGGAGGAGUCCAGAACCUUCCUGGGAGCCGGGAAUUCUCUGGGAGCCGCUCUGGAGCUGCUGGGAGCCGGGAUCCAGCUCAGCCGGGCGCUGGCCAAAGGCGGGGGCGGCGUGGGAGCCGUGGCGCCGGCCUUGAGGCGGGCGGGAGCGGCACUGGCGGCGGAAUUUUCCGGAAGGAUCCUGCGGGUGCUGCUGGAGAGCUCCCAGUUCGUGCUGGCGCAACUCGGGGAGGUGCUCAGGAGGGGCCCGGAGCUGCCCCUCGGCCUCCAGGAGCUUCCCGGGAUUUGUGGCUUCUGCCAGGGCCACGGGCGGGCGCUGCGGCGGCUGCUGGCCCAGGUCCCUCCUGACUCCAUCCAGGAGCAGGUGAUGGUGAAGCAGCUGCUGUUCCACAGCCUCCAGCUCUUCUCCAGCGCCAUCCAUGAAAUAUUCCAGCGCUCCCAGCCCUCGGGGUGGCCGGAGCUGGCGCAGGUGACCACGAGCUGUGUCCAGAGCGUCACCUGGAUGCUGGAGGGGCUGGAGGGGCUGCCCGAGGCCGAGAGGGGCAAGUUCCUCGAUGUCACCGCUGCGGCCGCCUUCCGCCUGGGCCAGGCCUUGAAGAGCCAGAACGUUCCGGAAGCGGCCGGAGCCGUGUGCGAGCCCCUGUGCCGGGCAGUGCUGGCCGGCCACGGCUACGGCUGGCCCGGAGUCACCCCGGAGCGGCUCCACAGGUGCUUCCGGCUGCAGGUGGAGAGCUGGCGCUGCCGGGGGCGGCCCGAGCGCGCCCUGGACGCCGUGGCCCAGUGGCUGCUGGCCCUGGGGCCACACUGCCAGCGCUCCCAGGGAUUGGGGUCACACUCCCACCAUUCCCAGCCCGGCUUCCUGGUGGCCGAGCCGGUGGCGCUCUGGGCCAGGAUCAAGACGGAGGCGGCCAAGCAGGGAGCGGAGGAGCUGCGGCUGCGGACCCUGCGGGACGCCCUGGAGUCCCAGGCCCGAUCCCAUUCCCAGCCCCUCUCCGGGGACACCGUGCUGCUCCUGCUGCUGGCCGAGCUCCAGGCCUACAAAUCCCUGCGGGGCCCCACGGGGCCGGAGCGCUACAACGUCCUGUGCGACCUGCUGGGCCUGUGGGAUCCCGAGGGAGCCUGGGAUCCCCCGGGAUUCCGGGAUCCGGGGGGGAGCCGGGACCCCCUGGGAAUGCCGGACCCCGGCCGGAGCCUGCCCAGGGCGGUGGUGCUGCUGGAGCUGGGACAGCUCCUGUGCAGCCACAGCUUCAGCACCCACACCGACUGCUCCGCCCUGGACGCCGUGCAGGAGGCCCUGAGGCUGCUGGAGUCGCUGUCCCGGAAUUCCCAAAGCUGCAAUUCCCAAAUCCGGGAUCAGCUCCUGGACGAGCGCGCCCAGGCCCUGCUCUGGCUCCACAUCUGCACCCUCGAGGCCCUCGUGGAAAAGAGCGUGGCCCGGGAGCGGCGCGGGCGGGGCUCGGAUCAGGAUCCCGAGGGAGAGCGGCCGGAGCCGCGGGAUGGGAUCCGCUGCAGCCUCAGCUCCGACAGCGCUCUAUCCAAACCCUUGGACGAAGCCUUUUCCCUGUGGAAAAAGCUGCUGGAAAAUCCUGGAAUUCCUGAGGUGCGCAGCCCGGAGCAAACCGUGAGCUCCCUGCAGCUCCUGGCCGCGCUCUACCGCCUCCAGGACAAGCCCAUCCAAGCCCUGGAGAGUUUCCUGCUGCUGCGCUCGCUGUGCCGGCGCCUCGGGGAUCCUUUGGGAACGGCCGAUUCCCUGUGCCAGCUCAGCCGGAUCCUGCUGCAGCUGCACUGCCCUGCCCAGGCCCAGUUUUUCCUGGAGGAGCUGGAAUUGUGCCUGGAGCAGGAGCAGGGCCCCGAGGAUUCCCGGCUGCUGCUGCGCCACGCCCGGCUCCUGCUGCGCAGCCAGCUCUGCUGCCUCCAGAAAAAGGCGGACCAGGGCGUGGCCCUGCUGCUGGAGGCCCUGAAGGAGCCCCAGGCCCAGAGGGCCACCAGGAGCUGGUACCUGGCACAGGCCCAGGGGCUGCAGCUGGUGGCCGCGUUCCUGGAGCUGCCCCCGGCGCUCCUGGAGGCGCCGCUCCGCGAGCGGAUCCGGCGGCACGGCUGGAGCAGCCCCAAGGUGGCCCUGCUGGAGGCGCAGAAGCUGCUGCGGAGCGUCCUGGUGUUCCUGCUGGGCAGCGACGUCCUGGGCAGCGCCCGCGGCCGCCUGCCCGAGGAGCCCGGCCCCGACUGCGGCCCGGCGCUGGUGCUCAAGUGGCAGGUGCUGGGGGACGCCCUGGGCUGCUGCCAGCGCCUGGUGACGCUGCUGGGCCACUGCGAGGUGCUGUGCAGGGCCAGGGCCUUCUGCAGCGAGGGACUGACCAUGGCCGGACACCUGCAGGCCGCCCGCUGGUCAGUGGUGCUGUGCAGGGCCAGGGCCUUCUGCAGCGAGGGACUGACCAUGGCCGGACACCUGCAGGCCGCCCGCUGGUGCACGGGGUUCCUGGUGCUGCAGUCCCAGCUGGAGCUGCAGCAGGGGGAGCUGGAGCUGAGCCAGUCCCACCUCCAGCACGCCCAGUUCCUGCUCCAGCCACAGACUGAACCCAAACUUUUCCGGGAGCCUCAGCGCCGGGCCAAGAUCCAGCUCCGGAAGGGCCACGUGGAGAAGAAGAAACCCCAGGAUCCCAUUCCUGACCCCAUUCCCGGCGGGGAGGAGGACGAGGAGUUCCUGAAGGGUCCCUCCCUGGACGUCCUGGCUCCGGCCGCGCUCCCGGAGCAGCCGGACGCUCUCACGGCCUCGCCGGAGCUGAAGGAAAGAAAAGUCUGGAAAAGUCUGGAAUUCCUGUGCCAUCCCUCGGGAUGUCCCUGCUCCUUCUGCUCCGACCCCGCCCUGGUGGCCCUGGGGCUGCGCUGGCUGCUGGCCCAGGCCCGGGCGUGGCUGGUGGCCGGGGAGGUGGCCCCGGGGCUGGCGCUGGUGCGGCAGGCGCUGCCCCGCUGUGCCAGCGCCGGCGCCCGCCUGGCACGGGAGGCGUGGGGCAGGGUCCCUGGGGUGGGGGACCUUCCUGGCAAUGGGGACGCCCUUGGGGACAGGGACACCCCCAGGGACGGGGACACUCCUGGGGACAGGGACCUGCAGCACCCCUCUGGGAUCAGGGACCUUCAGGGCCACCCUGGCAAUGGGGACACCUUUGGGGACAGGGACCCAUCCCCCCUGGGCCCGCUGGCCGAGCUGGUGGCCACUGGCUACUCCACGCUGGCCCUGCAGAGCCUGGCCAGUCCAUCCCAGUGCCACCCCACUUGGGACGAGGAGCUGGAGCAGGGACUGACCCUCCUGGGGUCCCAAAGUCCCCCCGUGGCUGGCCUGGGGGUGGCCGUGGCCACUCUGCUGCUGGCCAAAGCCGUGGCCACCCUCGGCCGCGUGGCCACCGCCCUCGGCCGCUCCAUGGACGACAUCCUAGCCCAGGCCUGGACCCCCCGUCCCCCACCCACCCCGAACCCCCCAAAACCCCAAAAAACCCCCAAAGCUCCCCCCAAAACCAAACCCCAAAAAGCCAAAGCCCCCAAAGCCAAGGCGGGGAAGACCCCAAAAGUGAAGCCCACCAAAUUUGGGGACGUUUUCACCCUGGGGGACUCAGACCCCGAGGUCCCCCCCAUUGUCCUGCGGCCGGGGGGGCCCUGCACCCCCCACCCCAAAUCGGGGGUGCCCCCAAAAGCGCGGCUGGGGGGGCCCAGGACCCCCUUCACCAUCUUCAGCGAGGAGCCCUCCCCCCCCGGGGGCAACUCCCGGCUCCACAGGGCCCCCAAAAUCCCAGGAAGGGUCAAGUCCCGGAUCAGGGUGACAUUCAGUGACAGCGACCCCGAGGAGCCCCAAAUCCCCCCAGAUCCCCCCAAAACCACCCGGAAAAAUUCCUGUGCCCAGAGGAGGGUUCAGCCCCAAAAAUCCCCCGGGAAUUCUCCAGGAAUUGGGGCUCAGCCCCGGCGGGGGCGGCCCCGGAAGGAGCUGGGGACCCCCAAAAAGAGGGAAAAAAGGGGGAUCAACCACGUGGAAAAUCUGGAAAAGAAAGAAAAUGGCAUCCCCCAAACGGCUCUGGAAAAGAGGGAAAGAAGGGGAAACCCCAAAAUGGAAAAUGUGGAAAAAACGGGAAACCCCAAAAUGGAAAAUGUGGAAAAACCAGGAAAUCCCAAAAUGGAAAAUGUGGAAAAAAGGAGAAAUCCCAAAAUGGAAAAGGUGGAAAAGAAGGAAAAACCCCAAAAAUCUCUGGAAAAGAAGGAAAACAGGGGUCCCCGUGGGGCUGGAGGUCCCCGGGAAAAGAAGGAGAGGGGGAAGCCCCAAAGUGGAAUUUUGGAGGAAAAGAGGAACUGGGAAUUCUCUGGGAUUGAGGAGCGGGACCCCCUGAGGGCCGUGGAGGAGGAAGAGGAGGAAGAGGAGGAGAUGAGCUUUGAGCUCCCGCCGCUGCCCCCAGCCGGGGCCAGUGAGGAAAUCCCAGGAAUUGGGGACAAUGGGGAUCCCCCAAAUCCAGAGGGAUCCCACCCCUCUGCCCAGCCCGGUGACCCCUCACUGGACACUGUCCGGUCCCUCCUGGCCGAGGCCCUGGCGUGGGUCGGUCACUUCCCGCCGGGCUCUCUCUAUGGCCAGCUGUGCCAGCUGCUGGCCAUGGCCCUGGGGGACAGGGACCCGCUGGCCACCGCGGGGCUGCUGGCAGAGUCCCUGAGCGUCACCAUGCGCCACCAGCUGCUGGCCAUCGUCCACGCCAGGGCACGGAAGAAGAGGAAAGCAGCAGCCGGAGGGGACAUCUCGGAUCAGCUCCAGGGCCUCUCCCUGGAUUCCCGGAAUUCCCAGGAUUCCCGGAAUUCCCAGGAUUCCCAGUCCCACCUGGCCGAGCUCGAGGAGCUUUUCCAGUUCAGCUCCACGGGUUUGGGGCCGGCGGAGCGGGAACGAUUCCGGGAGCAGCUCCAGAAGAUUCCCAGCGGUGUCACCGUGUGCCAGCUGUCCCUGGCCAGUGCCACCCCCGGGGCCCUCGGGGACACGCUGCUGCUGACGCGGCUGGAGCGCGGCGCGGAGCCCCUCAGCGUGCGCGUCGCCACCGGGCGCUGCCAGGCCCCCCUGAGCGAGGUUCUGCGGGAAUUCGAGCGGAUCCAGCGGGAGCAGCGCGAGGCCAACGCCUGCACGGAGCGCCAGGAGUGGUGGGAGCGGCGAUCCCGCCUGGACCUGCGCAUGCAGAGCCUGAUCCAGAGCCUGGACUCGGAGGUUUUGGGGUGCUGGCGGGGGCUGCUGCUGCCCCGGGAUCCCGGGAAUUCCGUCCUGGAGGAGCAGGAAUUGGCCCGGCUGCUCCGGGAGCUCCGGGAAUGCGGCUGGGAGCGCCCCGAGCCCGCCCUGCUCCGGGCGCUGCUGGCGGUGCUGUGUCCGGCCGAUGUCCGGCCGCUGGCCGCAGCCCUGUGUCCAUCCCGGCCGCUGCGGGCGCGGCUGCUGCUGGACGAGGCCCUGGAGCGGCGCCGGGAGGGCCCCGGGGGCAGCGCGGGGUCCCUGGUGCUGCUGCUGGACAGGCACCUGCAGCGCCUGCCCUGGGAGAGCUCCGGGACGCUCCGGAACGUUCCGGUGACGCGGCUGCCGGGGCUGCGCUUCCUGCUGCGCUACGGGCUGCCACGGCAGCACUCGGGCUCGGUGCUGAGCCGGGGCGUGAACCCCAAAAACGCCUUCUACGUCCUGAACCCCCAGCGCGACCUGGGCGGCACCGAGGAGAGGUUCCGGGGCUGGUUCGAGAGCCAGCCCGGCUGGCGCGGGGUGUCGGGGGCGGCGCCGAGCCCGCAGCAGCUGCAGGAGGAGCUGGGGGAGCGCGACCUCUACAUCUACGCCGGGCACGGGGCGGGGGCGCGGCUGCUGGACGGGCACAGCCUGGCACGGCUGCCCUGCCGGGCCGUGGCGCUGCUCUUCGGCUGCUCCAGCGCCGCGCUGGCCCCGCGGGGGCCCCUCGAGCCCUCGGGCACCGUCCUGAAGUUCGUCCUGGCCGGGUGCCCGCUGGUUCUGGGGACGCUCUGGGAUGUCACGGAUCGGGAUCUGGACCGGCUGGCGCGGGCGCUGCUGCAGGGCUGGCUGGGGGGGGGCCCCGGGACCCCCCUGCUGGCCCAGCUGGCCCAGGCCCGCGCAGCCCCCAGACUCAAAUGGCUGAUCGGGGCCGCGCCCGUGGCCUACGGGCUCCCGGUCAGCCUCGGCUGAGGGGCUGGGGGGGGCCCUUUGGAGCUUUUGGGGUUCCCCCAUUGCCUGGAGUGAGGGUUUGGGGUCCCUUUGGAGCUUUUGGGGUCCCUUUGGUGCUUUUGGGGUCCCUUUGGCGUUUUUGGGGUCCCUUUGGAGCUUUUGGGGUUCCCCCAUUGCCUGGAGUGAGGGUUUGGGGUCCCUUUGGAGCUUUUGGGGUCCCUUCGGUGCUUUUGGGGCCCCUUUGGCACUUUUGGAGUUCCCCCAUUGCCUGGAGUGAGGGUUUGGGGUCCCUUUGGCAUCUUUGGGGUCCCUUCAGCGUUUUUGGGGGCCCUUUGGCACUUUUGUGGUCCCUUUGUCAUCUUUGGGGUCCCUUUGGCACUUUUGGGGUCCCUUCAGUGCUUUUGGGGUCCCUUUGGCACUUCUGGGGUCCCUUCGGCACUUUUGGGGUCCCUUUGUCAUCUUUGGGGUCCCUUUGGCGCUUUUGGGGUCGCUUUGGUGUUUUUGGGGUCCCCCAUUGCCAGGAGUGAGGGUUUGGGA